CAUUUUUUGGAUGAAUUGCUCGUUUGCCUUGCUUUCCUUCGAGAUAAAUCCAAACUUCCGAUAGCUUACCCUCUCCAAGUGGAAGUGUUCCAGGUUUGGGAGUGGCAGCAGAACUAAGUUUUAGUUUAUCACCGGCUGCAACUCUCGUCCCUUCCCAACCUCUUCUUGUUUCCUUCCUUCCUUUUACUUUUACCAAAUCUUUCUGGUCACAAUCACAAGCGCGGUCAAGUUGCCCCUCCAUCCAUCCAUCCAUCCAUCCAUCCAUCCAUCCCUCCAUCCAUACACUACCUACACUACCUACUGUGUAUUUACAUCCGGGCAACCUUGACUGGACUGGGCCUGGACCACUGGCAACAACCCUGUCCGCAUCUCGCAUCUGAUCGCUUUAUCAAUACGACCCAAACUUACUUCUCCCGUCUCUGCGCGCGGACAGUCUGUUGUCGACGAUAUCUAGAGGUACUAUCUUGGUGCAUUCAGAACAGCUUCACUUUGCGCGUGCCACUCCAUCACAGAUCUCUACACUAGGUACUUUAUUUGCACGACAUCGGUUCGGUACAUGCGCGGCAGCCGCAGAGGAGUGGAGGUGCAGAGAUAGAGGCACAUUACAUAUACCGACCGGGUCGGGUACUACUACAGCACAGGUUAAUAACUGCCUGUUGUGCAUCCUCCCACUGCUACCACCAACCACCACCACACUACGAGACACCACUCACACAACAAAUCCGGAUCGUCCCUCAUCACUCAGCCUCCCGCCGCUGCCGCUGAGGUGGAGGUCCAGUUGGUACGCCGCUGCGAUUAACUUUUGUUUUCCCCCUUGUGCUUGUGAUGACGGUGACGGUUGCAUCGUCGCCUCUCAGCGGGAACGGUUAGGUAGGUAGCCACAGCCUGCUGCUGCUGCUGCUGCUGCACGUCGCCGCCAUCUUUUUUCGCCCCGUUCAGUGCCGGACAACAACGGGCAACUAUAGAUGAACAAGUCAAGUGGAAGGCGAGAAUAAUAUCAAAAUCCACUUCCAGAUCGACCCGACAUCUCGGUCUUGGCAUCCGAGACUACUAGUAACUCCAACGAGCGGAAUCUGCUCCGACACCAACGGACGGUGAACCACUCACUACUCAACCGCCAGCAAAAUACCACACAUCGCUCGCUACAGUAUCGCGGCGGCAGCUCGACAGCAUGUCGUGGAACCCGGAAGCGCUCCUGAACCCCAAAGCCGCUUCGUCUGCUGCCUCCUCAACCUCAGACCUAACCUCGCAGUCUGGGGCAUCCCCUUCCUUUCAGCAACCCUCAUUUGCACAUCAGAUCCAGAGUGUGCCUUCAAGCCCGACCUUCCAGUUCACUAGUCCUAAUGAUCAGACGCUGAAUAUCGACUUCUCCGGCCUGCCCUAUGGCGCCACCCUGCAUGGUCAUGUGCGCAACACGCCCACCUUUCCCAUUUUCCAAAACGGCUUCGGUUCUCAGGUUGAACGACUCCACAAUGUCACAGACCGCAUCUCGGUGCCCCAGCCCAAGCGCAGAAAGACGUACAACGAAAAUGACCAUUUGCGUACCAACACGUUUGGAGGGACCAGCUCUGGAUUGCUUGCGGAUCAGUUCGGGCAAAAUGGCACUCCAGGGGCUUCUACGCCAGUGGCCAUGAUGACGAGGCAGACUGAGACAGUGGACUUGACUGAGGGCGACUCAGAAACCGCUCAACCUCGACAGCAGCUCGACCUGACCAAGGAUGAAGAAGUCUGCUACGGUAUGAUCGAGGGAACUACCAUCAACUGCCACCGAGUCCCUGCUCCCAAGCCUGGCAUGGUGUCUCUUCUUGGCGACGGAUACUGGCCGCAGAUCAAAAUCCUACUCAGAAAGCGAGUGGAUGACACCGAGACGAAUAGAAUCCCUGCCUACGAUUGCACUCGCGUCGUCUUUGGUUAUCUUGACGCUAAGACGUCGUAUUGUCUAGGGAACCUCCUGACAUCCGCCAUGGGAAUACGUACUGAUUGUAGGAUCCCACCGAGACGUAAGAGCGGCCCCAACGAGAAAAUCGGCGAGUCCAUCUCGGCGGCAGUCCCUUUCGAACUCAUGCUCUACGGCCCUCGCAAGCUCGCGAUCCAGAUCGGAAACCACUUGGCUAGACAUCAUCUCGCCCUUCUCAGCCCGCCACGCGUCGAGCCUGGUAUCAAGGUCUUCAACCCUCAUGCGAAGGAGAAUAGGCCGGCCCCUCCAGUCCGAGCUAAUAGCUUGGGUGGAACAAACUCCUAUUCAUUGCAUCAUUCGGCAACCGUUCGUACUGUUGAGGAAAUUCGCAGCGAAGUAAUGAGCGUCUUUGACUCACUUCCGAAAUCUGAGAGUUUGGAGCAGAUGGAGCCAGACCCGCGUAUUACCACUGAGCUUCUGAAGCAUCAGAAGCAAGCCCUUUACUUUAUGACUGAACGUGAGAAAGACCUGAUUCAGGAUUAUGGUGACAAACUCACACGGUCCACUUGGCAGCGCAGAAAGGAUCCGCGCGGAGUCGAUUUUUAUUACAACGUUGUCACUAUGCAGAACCAGAGAGAGCGUCCGCCGCCAGCCUUGGGAGGUAUUCUGGCAGAUAUGAUGGGUCUCGGCAAGACAUUGAGCAUCUUGUCACUCAUUACAAAAACUAUGGACCAGGCUGCGGCUUGGAGUCUUGAAGCUCCUGUGCAGCCGCCAAAGCCGCCUGAGAAGAAACAGCCCAAUGCAGCGAGAUACUUUGAGGUGCCCAAACCUCAGGCCAUGGGCCUAACGCCGGUGCGAUUGAAUGGAAAGGCAACCCUCUUGGUUUGCCCACUGAGCACGGUUACGAACUGGGAGGAGCAGAUCAAGCAGCAUAUCAAACCCGACACCUUGUCUUACCACAUCUAUCAUGGUCCCAACCGUGUGAAGGACGUGAAGAAACUGGCACAGUACGACCUCGUCAUCACGACCUACGGAUCGAUCUCAAGCGAACUCAACGCCCGCGCCAAGAACAAGGCUGGCAUAUACCCCUUGGAGGAGAUAGCUUGGUUCCGCAUUGUGCUGGACGAGGCACAUAUGAUCCGAGAGCAAAACACGUUGGCGUUCAAGUCGAUUUGCCGGCUUCAAGCAAGCCGCCGCUGGGCUGUCACUGGUACGCCAAUCCAGAACAAGCUCGAGGAUCUGGCCUCGCUCCUAGCAUUUCUGCGCGUCAAGCCCUUCGACGAGAAGAUCAAAUUCUUGCAAUACAUAAUUGCUCCGUUCAAGAAUGCCGAUCCCGAAAUCGUACCGAAGCUUCGCGUCCUCAUCGACACAAUAACGUUGCGUCGUUUGAAGGACAAGAUCAACCUUCCGCCACGAACGGACGAGAUAAUCAGGCUUGAUUUUACCCCCGAGGAGCAACGGGUGUAUGACUGGUUUGCAAAGACCGCAAAGGAGCGAGUUUCGGUCUUGACCGGUCAAGCCAUCGGUCAGGAACGCAUUAUUGGAGGCAAGACCAUGAUUCACAUCUUGCGUUCCAUCUUGCAGCUUCGCCUUAUCUGUGCUCACGGCAAGGAUCUCCUCAAUGAAGAAGACCUUAAAGAGCUCCAGGGAAUGACGGCAGACACGGCCAUUGAUAUCGAUAGUGACGAUGAUUCCGGCCAGCUUGUCCUCUCUGAGAGCAAGGCCUACGAGAUGCUCUACCUGAUGCAGGAAGGAAACAGCGAUAACUGUGCUAGGUGCAACACGAAGCUGGGUUCCAACGAGGUGGUGGACGUCGAAUCUGAGCGUCAGGAGGACAUCAUCGGGUACAUGGUCAAGGCCAACUGCUACCACGUUUACUGCAACAAAUGCGUUGACCACAUCAAAAACGAAGCGUGUCCUACGUGCUCUGGCAUGACCAGGCCUGGUUGCAUAGAACUCCACCGCGCCCGUGCCAUGGCCGAACACGAAUCGAGAACCGCCAAGGUCGAGAACGGAGACGCAAACCAGGACCUCACCGCCUACUCAGGACCCCACACCAAGACUCGCGCACUCGUUGCCGAGCUUCUAGCCGACAAGCAAAAGAGCGAGGCGGCGCCCCACGAGCCCCCGUACAAAUCGGUCGUCUUCUCCGGCUGGACCUCUCAUCUCGACCUGAUUGAACUCGCCCUCGAAGACGCCGGCAUCACCUUCACCCGCCUCGACGGCAAGAUGACGCGCACCGCCCGCACCGCAGCCAUGGACAAGUUCCGCGAGGACCCCUCGGUGCAGGUCAUACUCGUCAGCAUCAUGGCCGGCGGUCUCGGUCUCAACCUGACCACGGCCAGCAGCGUGUACGUGAUGGAGCCCCAGUUCAACCCGGCGGCGGAGGCGCAGGCGGUCGACCGCGUGCACCGCCUCGGUCAGAAGCGGCCCGUGCGUACGGUCAGGUAUAUCAUGGCGAAUAGCUUUGAAGAGAAGAUGCUAAGGCUGCAGGAGAAGAAGAAGAAGUUGGCGAGCUUGAGUAUGGAUGGUAGGGAUAAGGGACAGGUGAUGGAUCGUACGGAUGCGGCAAAGCAACGGUUGAUGGAUUUGCGGAGUCUUUUCAAGUGAGCUGCUGACUGACUGACCGGCUUGCCUCGCUGCGGUUUAUGGAUGAAUGAAUGAAUGGGUGGUCACUUUGUUAUUAUCAUUUCUUUUUCUUCUUUUCUUCUUACUUUCAAAGACGGGAUAGACAGACGGAUCGGGAUCAUGCGUGCGUGGGUUUUGCAAGCAAAGAGGAGUUCUGCGUCCCGGGGCUGGCUGGCUGGGUGGGCAGAUAUCAUGACAUGGCAUGGCGCGACGGGGAAACGGGGAACGAAUUACACUGCAGUAGCUCGGGCUAGAUUUACAUUUACAACAUAUGUAGACGGGGUUAUUAUGGACGUCGAAGCUACCUCUCUUCUAAAUCUUCUCUGUUUUGUUUUGCUUUACUUUCAAUGGGAACUGCUGGAAGGAGACCGUCCUUUGAUUUUUCAGGGAGGGAGGGAGGAGCGCAUUUGCAACAAGAUAUCACUCUUCUCUUCUCUAUCUACUAUACUAUACUCCUCGCACGAGGACUUCGUUCGGUAGAGGUAUAUAUACACUCUAUGCAUUUCCAUUUCCAUUACCC